AGGAUCAGCCUUGGCUCGAGAGACGCAGGCAGAGUUGGGAGCGCCCGGGCAGGGGCGGAGCUGGCUCCCCGAGGCCUGAUAGGAACACGCCUGUGAGGGACGGAGCGGGGCCCCGGCGCCCUCCCGCACGCGUAGAAUGCGGGGCGUCUGCCUUCCUCCAGGCUCCCUGAGCGAACGGUCACCUGCCCCUGGCGUGCAUCACCAUGCCCUCUGACCUGGCCAAGAAGAAGGCCGCCAAGAAGAAGGAAGCCGCCAAAGCGCGACAGCGGCCCAGGAAGGGGCAUGAAGAAAACGGAGACGCCGUCACGGAGCCACAGGUGGCCGAGGAGAGAAGCGACCAGGUCAAUGGGCAGGAGAGCCCAGAAGUGGAUAUGCUGACCAAGGAGCUAGAGGACUUUGAGAUGAAGAAGGCUGCUGCUCGAGCUGUCACUGGCGUCCUUGCCUCUCACCCCAAUAGUACUGACGUCCACAUUAUCAACCUCUCCCUCACCUUUCAUGGUCAAGAGCUGCUCAGUGACACCAAACUGGAAUUAAACUCAGGCCGUCGUUAUGGCCUCAUUGGCUUAAAUGGAAUUGGGAAGUCCAUGCUGCUCUCUGCUAUUGGGAAACGCGAAGUGCCCAUCCCGGAGCACAUUGACAUCUACCAUCUGACUCGGGAGAUGCCCCCUAGUGACAAGACGCCCUUGCAGUGUGUGAUGGAGGUCGACACAGAGCGAGCCAUGCUGGAGAGGGAGGCUGAGCGGCUGGCUCACGAGGAUGCGGAGUGUGAGAAGCUCAUGGAGCUCUACGAGCGUCUGGAGGAGCUGGACGCCGACAAGGCGGAGAUGAGGGCCUCCCGGAUCCUGCACGGACUGGGGUUCACACCUGCCAUGCAGCGCAAGAAAUUGAAAGACUUCAGUGGGGGCUGGAGGAUGAGGGUUGCCCUUGCCAGAGCCCUCUUCAUUCGGCCCUUCAUGCUGCUCCUGGACGAGCCCACCAACCACCUGGACCUCGAUGCUUGUGUGUGGUUGGAAGAAGAGUUAAAGACGUAAGGGGGCAGGCCUGGGGCUUGGGAGUGGGCAGGUCCUCAAGGGGGAGCUGAGCAGAGUCCAGAGGAAAUGGACGCCCAGAAACCGCACUGCUGCUAGGAGUGAGCAGGUGAACUGGUGAGGCCAGAGUGAAAGGUAGACUGACACAGUGGCAAGCCUUGGUGUUUAGGGCUGGCCUUGAUGUUUGCUUUUGUUUAGUCUG